AUUAAUUGGGUUAGUUAGUUACAUAAUUAUACUCUUCCUCUCUUGCUCUUUUACAAAUUAUUUUUAUUUUCUCAAAAAGUUAUCUUCCCUUAUAAUAAAAAAGGAAUUUCAAAAGGAUCAUUAUGAAUAUGGUUUAUGAAUUUUGUAUUUGUGCUGUAAAGAUUAAACCCCACAUACACCAUAAAAACCCACUUUCCUUUCUUCACCUUUUUCUUUUUAAUCUGAAUUAUUUUACUUUUUUCCUUUUGGGUUUUUUUUGUUUUUUAAUUGUACUAAUGAUUAAAAAUGUAAACUUUUUGGUUUGCAUUGUUCUGUCUUUAACACUUUUCUGCUUUUUACUCUUUGAUUUGGUAUUCCAAUCUAGUUUCUUCCCCAACCAGAAGAUAGAGACUCCAAAAUGGAGAAUUGGAUUGUUGGGUUUAUGUUUUUCUUCUAUUUUUUACUGUCCUUUAUCUGUUUUACAGGUGCCCAAAUUCCAGGUUUUGUGAGUGUGGAUUGUGGAGGUACAACUAAUCAUACCGAUGAGCUUGGCAUUCAAUGGGUUCCCGAUGACCAAUUUAGAUUUGGGAAGAUUGCUACUAUAUCUAUCCCUAAUGAAACCCGACAACAGUAUAUGUCAUUAAGAUACUUCCCAAAUGAUAACGGAAAGUACUGCUACACCCUUAAUGUUACAAGCAGGACUAGAUAUCUGGUGAGAGCGACAUUUUUAUACGGAAACUUUGACAACAACAAUGUAUAUCCGAAGUUUGAUGUUUCAAUGGGGGCAACUCCUUGGUCUACCAUUGUGAUCUCAGAUGCUACCACUGUAGAGGUGAUUGAAAUGAUAUUUCUUGCUGCCGAGCCGACUAUUAGCGUGUGCCUAUCAAAUGCUAAAACAGGACAGCCCUUCAUCUCUACCCUUGAGCUUCGACAAUUCAAUGGUUCAAUGUAUAUUACAGAUUUCGAAAAUCAAUACUACAUGAGUGUAUCCGCAAGAAUUAAUUUUGGAGCUGACAGUGCUGAUCCUGUGAGGUAUCCUGAUGAUCCAUAUGAUAGAUUGUGGGAAUCUGAUUCUUUGAGGAAACCAAAUUAUCUAGUUGAUGUUGCUGCUGGCACUGAGAAAAUCUCGACAAAUAGACCAAUUGGUGUUAGCAGAGAUGAUCAACCACCGCAGAAAGUGAUGCAAACUGCUGUAGUUGGAAGAAACGGAACAUUGUCAUACCGUUUGAAUUUAGAUGGAUUUCCGGGUGGCGGGUGGGCUUUCUCAUACUUUGCAGAAAUAGAAGACUUAGGUCCUAAUGAUGUAAGGAAAUUCAAGCUCGAGCUUCCUGGUGCGCCUUUGGUUUCCAAAGCAGUUGUCAAUAUCCUUGAAAAUGCUCAAGGAAAGGACCGUCUCUAUGAGCCCGGGUUCCAGAACUUGACCCUUCCAUUUGUGUUGUCUUUUGAGUUUGUCCAGACCUCUGAUUCCACCAUGGGGCCUCUUGUGAACGCUAUGGAGAUCAACAAGUAUGUAAAGAAAAUUGGCGGAUCUGCAGAUGGAUCUACUAUAACUAUGCUGAUUUCACAUUACUUAUCGGCUGAUUGGGCUCAAGAAGGUGGUGAUCCAUGCCUGCCAGUACCAUGGUCAUGGUUGAACUGCAGCUCUGAUCCUCAGCCACUCGUAACCGCAAUUCAUUUGUCGAAUAAACAUUUAACUGGAGAUAUCCCUUCAGAACUCACAAACUUAAGUGGUUUGAUUGAAUUAUGGCUCGAUGGGAAUUCACUGACUGGACCGAUUCCUGAUUUUAGCGGCUGCCCAAGCUUGAAAAUAAUGUAUAUUUACCUUUUGUUUUUAUUUUUUAAAAUAUUUAAUGUGAGUUUUUACUUGUGUUAUUGUGUAUGUAGCCAUUUGGAGAACAACCAGUUAACAGGUCCAGUUCCAUCAUCCUUGGGUCAGCUGCAGAACUUAAGUGAAUUAUUCUUACAAAAUAAUAAGUUAUCGGGAAAAUGGCCAUCGGACCUUGGUAAAAACAUCUUUACAAACUUUUCUGGAAAUGUUGAUCUUCGUGAAGGGAACGGUGGAAGUAGUCGUACUGGUACAAUUGUCGGUUCAUCCCUUGGUGCAGUAGUGCUUCUCAUAGCAACUAUCAUGUUUUGUUAUUUCUUGUGCAAAAGGAAGAAUCAUAAGAAAAGAUAUACUGACCAAGCCGACCUUCCGAAUUUCCGGCCGCCUCAAAAGUUACCCUCUUCCUUGGAAAGCAAUUCAACAGAAGCCGCUCAUUGCUUUACGUUCUCAGAACUGAAAGAAGCUACAAAAGAUUUUGAGAAGAAAAUAGGUUCUGGAGGUUAUGGUGUGGUGUACUACGGUAAAUUAAAAGAUGGAAGAGAAAUUGCUGUCAAAGUUCUCACUAGUAACUCCUUCCAGGGAAAACGAGAAUUCUCAAAUGAGGUUACUCUCCUCUCAAGGAUGCACCACCGAAAUCUGGUGCAAUUUCUUGGGUACUGCCAAGAAGAUGACCGAAACAUCCUGGUCUACGAGUUCAUGCACAAUGGAACUCUCAAAGAGCAUCUUUAUGGCCAUUCAACACGAAAACGGGGUAUAAGUUGGAUCCAACGCCUUGAAAUUGCUGAAGAUACAGCAAGAGGAAUUGAAUAUCUUCACACAGGCUGUGUGUCGGCAAUCAUACAUCGAGAUUUAAAAACGAGUAACAUAUUAUUGGACAAAAAUAUGCGGGCUAAAGUUUCGGAUUUUGGUCUCUCGAAACUUGCAGUAGAAGGAGCUUCACAUGUAUCAAGCAUUGUCAGGGGCACUGUUGGAUAUCUCGAUCCCGAAUAUUACAUCUCCCAGCAGUUGACCGAUAAAAGUGACGUCUAUAGUUUUGGUGUCAUUUUACUGGAGCUAAUAUCUGGGCAGGAAGCCAUAUCUAAUGAAAGCUUUGGUGUUAACUGCCGGAACAUAGUUCAAUGGGCGAAGCUACACAUUGAGAGUGGAGACAUUCAAGGCAUAAUUGAUCGAUCACUGCGAGACGAAUUUGACGUACAAUCAAUGUGGAAGAUAGCCGAAAAGGCUUUGAUGUGCGUCCAAGCACAUGGCUAUAUGAGACCCUCAAUAUCUGAUGUGCUCAAAGAGAUCCAAGACGCUAUCAUGAUCGAAAAGGUAGCUCAAGCAGCUAGAGAAGGAAACUCCGAUGACAUCUCCAGACACUCCUUGCAUUCCUCCAUCAACACGGGCUCCUUGGACUUAGGCCUGACUGAUAGUUAUUUGUCCAUAGACGAGUCCAUUGCUAGGCCUACAGCACGAUAGCUUUUUGUUACUCGACCGCUUAAUUUUCUAAGUUAUAUUUUUCUCUGUCGUUCAAAAUUUUGAUGUUUCUUCCGAGUUGCUUAAGCAAGAGGUCUUCCAGAGUCGUGCUUGUUCGAUGUCCCUCGUGCAAAAAAGGGUUGCACGUCAGGUUGUAAAUUGUUUGCUUGACGCGAGCAUAUUUUUCGUGAAGUGAGGAAGUUUGUGCUUGAUUUAUGUGCAUACUUCCCUCUUCUACAAUGUGAUUAUUACCAUAACAUAAUAAUUAUAACUACCAUUUUGAUGAUUGUAAACCAGAGUAGAAUUUAGACCAAAGAAAAUAACUACAUUAAAUCUUGAAUCAGAGUAGCUUGCUUGUCAAGUAGUUUGAGUAGUGUAAAUCGAUUUUGUGCAUUUUUCUGUAUUUAUAUUAUACAAUUCUAUAUAUGUAAACUAUUAGUCAGAAGCAAUUAUGAUAGAAAAUUA